AUGAGGUUGUUGUCUAGAAAAGCAUCAUGCAAUACUCACGGCCAAGAUUCUUCGUACUUUUUGGGAUGGCAAGAGUAUGAGAAGAACCCUUAUGAUGAGGUUAAAAAUCCCAAGGGAAUUAUUCAGAUGGGUCUUGCAGAAAAUCAGCUCUCCUUUCACCUUCUAGAAUCAUGGCUUGCUAAGAACCCGGACGCAGCUGGGUUCAAGAGAGAUGGAAAAUCCAUCUUCAGAGAGCUCGCUCUGUUCCAAGAUUAUCAUGGUCUUCCAGCAUUCAAGCAGGCAUUGGUAGAUUUCAUGUCCGAAAUCAGAGGAAACAAAGUAACAUUUGACCCGAACCACAUCGUUCUCACCGCCGGUGCAACGUCGGCAAACGAGACGCUCAUGUUCUGCCUCGCCGAACCCGGCGAGGCCUUUCUUCUUCCCACUCCAUACUACCCUGGAUUUGAUAGGGACCUUAAGUGGCGAACCGGCGUCGAAAUAGUACCGAUUCACUGCACAAGCUCGAAUGGCUUCCAAAUCACUGAAGCCGCUCUGAACCAAGCGUUUGAAGAAGCCGAAAACCGUAAUCUGAGGGUCAAAGGCGUCUUGGUCACGAACCCUUCCAAUCCUUUGGGAACAACUAUGACAUCAAACGAACACAACCUCCUCGUCAGCUUCAUCGAAGCCAAGAAAAUCCAUCUCAUCAGCGACGAAAUCUACUCUGGGACUGUUUUUACCUCCCCGGGCUUCGUGAGCGUCAUGGAGAUUCUGAAGAACAGAAACUAUGACAAGUUCUCCGAAGUCUGGAAGAGAGUUCACGUCGUGUACAGUCUGUCGAAAGAUCUCGGUCUCCCCGGGUUUCGAGUUGGAGCGAUUUACUCGAACGAUGAGAUGGUCGUGGCGGCGGCGACGAAGAUGUCGAGUUUCGGUUUGGUAUCCUCGCAGACGCAGUACCUCCUCUCGGCCAUGCUCUCGGACAGAAAUUUCACGAAGAAGUACAUUUCCGAGAACCAGAAGAGGCUUAAGAAGCGCCACGGAAUGCUGGUUUCGGGGCUUCAGAAGGCCGGCGUGAGCUGCCUCAAGAGCAAUGCCGGGCUUUUCUGCUGGGUCGACAUGAGACACCUCUUGAGAUCCAACACAUUCGAAGCCGAAAUGGAGCUGUGGAAGAAGAUAGUUUACGAUGUCAAGCUGAACAUCUCUCCCGGAUCGUCCUGCCAUUGUACGGAGCCCGGGUGGUUCAGAGUUUGCUUCGCCAACAUGUCGGAGGAAACCUUGGAACUCGCAAUGCAACGGUUGAAAUCCUUCGUAACGGAGUACAAUCGGAUCAAUAACAGUAACAAAGAAUCAUCGGCAAAGAACUCGAGAAGAAGAUCGCUCACCAAGUGGGUUUUCCGGCUAUCGUUCGACGGCGCCGACCGACAGCCCGAAGAGCGAUAGUCUGGUGGUGAGCAGU